AUGGCAUUUUACAACUAUCAAACAAGUCAUUUGAUGUACCUCAUAGAUGCGGAAAAUUCGACGGGCUUAAAAAAGCUUCUUGAUGUAUAUCCACCACACUCGCUGAAGCCUGGAAUGUGGUACAAAUUAAUGCAGAAAGCAGUUAGUAUUGGCAAUUUUGAUGUCAUCCAAGUACUUAUCUGGGAUUUUCACAUUAACAAUUUAAAUAAACACCCAUGUGAAACACCGCUUCAUAAAGCUGUGUUGAACAAUGAUUCUAUAUUCAUUUCUGCAUUGCUAAGUAAAGGUGGUGAUGCUAGUUCCAAAAAUGAACUCGGCGAUACGCCACUUCAUUUAGCAAUAGAAAAAAAAAAUUUCGAUAUUGUACGAAUAUUAUUAAAUGGUGGAGCCGAUUUAAAUGCGAAAAAUAAUUUUAAUGUUACGCCACUAAGUCUUGCUGUUCAUGUUGGUAACUUUGAAAUUUUUGAAUAUCUUCUCAACCGGGGUCCAGAUAUUAAUACAUCUUGCACUAUUGCUGAUUUAAAAGAAUACACACCACUACACCUAGCUGUUGUGAAUGACAGUAAUCAUGGAAAGAGGAUGAUAGAGCAUCUUUUAAAGAGAAGUGCCGAAAUCAAUGCUCUAGAGAAAAGUGGAUUCACUGCUUUACAUCUAGCUAUUUUAAAAGAAAGACGUCCAAUCAUCGAUCUACUUUUAGAUCAUACUAAUAUUAAGAUUGAAAAUAAUUAUAAAAUCUCUCCUCUCUGCAUCGCUGCUGCCCUUGGAGAUUUUAAAACUGUUAGUAGUUUAAUUAAUCAAGGAGCUCUUAUCAAUACCAGUUGUGACUAUGACAACGAACCAAAGUCGUGUACGGUUUUACAUCUGGCAGCAAGAAAUGGUAAUAAAGCUACGCUAGAAAUCUUAUUAAAGGAAGGUGCAGAUGUUCAAGCGCGUAAUGAGGAUGGCGAGACACCGCUUCAUAUUGCUGUUACUAAAGGAAAUAUCGAAGCUGUUGAACUUCUUGUUCAACAUGGCGCUGAUGUCCACUCGGUUAGUCCCAAGUGGGAAACAGGAUUCACCCUAUUGCAUCAAGCCAUUGUGAAUAAUAAGAAAGAAAUUGUAAAUAUUCUCAUAUCUGGAGGUGCUGAUAUUAAUAGUGAUUCCUGGAUGUUGCCUAUUCAUUACGCUGCUUUAAAUGAUUGUGGUGAAAUAAUAAAAAUUCUGCUAGAUAAUGGAGUCUACGUAGAUACUUUAGAUCGGAAUGGCAAAACUCCUUUAAAUAUUGCCAUUCAUGCAAAAAAAUUAAAAUCUAUAGAAUGGAUUUUAAAAUACUGCCCUAAUCUAAAAUGUCAAACGGUUGAAUUAGGGUUUGUUAAAAUUGUCGAAAAACUGUUAAAAUUGGGAGUUUGUCCCAAUACCGUUUUAAAUAACGAUUUAAUGUACAGCAUGCUACACAUAGCCUGUCUUCAUCGUCAGAAUGAAGUGGUUAAAUUAUUAAUAAAUAAUGGAGCUGAUAUAAAUUGCAGAGACCAUCAAGGCAAGACACCUCUUUUUUACGCAGUACAUAACAGUGAUAGGAGGAUAAUAAAGAUACUGAUACGUAAUCACGCUGAUAUAAAUGUUAAAGCUGGAGAUGGGCGAACCCCUCUUUCUCUAUCUGUUGAAGAUGUUGAUAGCGAUAUUAUUACGUUACUUUUAGAUAAUGGUGCAGAUAUUCAUUGUAAUAUUAAUUAUGCAUUGAAUGUAGAGGACGAUGACGAUACGGACGAUGAUAAUUAUUUUGAAGAUUAUGAUGCUGUCGUGGAUUAUUACUAUGAGCAUCAACAUCAGAAUGAAGACCGUCGUCUAGUGGCAGAAAUUUUGCAGAAACAAAUAAUACUAUUGAAAACUGCAAAUUUCCCUGUGGAUCGUGAAUAUUUAAGUUUAGUUGAUGAUGUGUGGGGUUUUACCGAGGAAUGCAAGAAAGAAAUAGAAACAAUGAAAAAAAAUAAAGUUCAUGAUGACAUUAAUCAUGUAUUUCUUUCUGAAUAUAAAUCAGAAAGUGAUCCAGAUAAAAAACUAAGUUUAGCCUGUAAAAUUGUAAAUACAUCUAAAGCACCACAAGAUGUUGUACGAAAAUUUUUUCCACGAGAACUUGAUAUUUUAAUGAAACUUGAUCAUCCACAUGUUGUUCAAAUCCAUAGUAUUAUUCAAAGACGUUUGAAAUAUUAUAUUUUUAUGCAAUUUGCUGAAAGCGGUGAUCUUUUGGAAUAUAUUACAAAAAAUGGUCCAGUUGGAGAAAAUCAAGCUCGGAUUUGGUUACGUCAACUUACACUAGGGAAUCUUAUUGAGCCUGAUAUCUCAAAACGUUGGCGAAUUGAAAAAAUUGUUUACUGUAGUUGGAUUGCAAUGGAACCUCAAUUAAUUUUACUCAAACCCAGAGAACAAGAGGCGCUUAACAAGGCAAUUGAUCAUCGCAAAAGUAAUGCAGAAAAAAAUUCGAAAAAACAAACGGUUCGUUACACGACUUCUGAAAACUUUUUAAUCGAAUUGAUUUUUGAAGAGGGCUCCUGA